AUGACUUCACGGCCACCCGUGACCGAGCAGACGCGCCCAUGGUUUGAGCACGUUGCCGUUGCAAAAGAUACUAAUGUCGACAUUGUCGCUGUCCCACCUAUCGGCGCCCAACAUAGAAAGACAUGGAUAGCGCAUGGCGAGCAAUCUUCCUGGCUUGAUACUGAACUACUACGGCGUAUUCCUCGAGCGCGGGUCCUGCUGUAUAACUAUGGAGACCUGCGUGACGAUAAAGUGGACACGUUGGGUGAACGACUAUUGAACCAACUACGCAGUGAACGAAAACAUGAGCCAACUCGACGUCCCAUCUUUUUCAUCUGCCACAGCACCGGUGGUCUUGUUGUUAAAGCAGCUCUAGCACUGACAUCACGAGAGCCGAGCCAGUCCAUCUUAACCAGCUGUCAUGGCAUCGCCUUCUUUGCAACUCCCCACCAAGGCUCGACUUAUCUCUCCGCCGAUGAGUAUACUGCUAGUAUUCGCCAUCUCCUGCAUUUGGAAUAUGAGGCUCCAGAGGCGCUUAGGAAGCAGUUGCGUCCCCGCCAAGAGCGGCUAUGGCAUCUAUCCAACCAGUUCAAAACUCUUUCAGCCGAUAUGAGGGUCUGGUCAUUUCUCGAAACUGUGGAUUCAACUAUGCAUGUAAUCGACGCUGAGACGAAUAAUAUAUUGGAGUUUCAUGUUCCCAUCACAUCGAUCCGGUCUGGUUUGUUGGAUAUUGAGCAUGAAGAAGAACUUCCGAUGGCAACAGACCAUGCGGGGACGGCAACUUUCCACGGCCAGGAGUCUACGCGAGACAGAUUUCUGCAUGAGCUUGGUAAUGCUGUUGACACUGCUGUUGAAAUUUCAAAGCGCGAGGAUACGCCGUUGGGCGUAGAACAGAAAGUCAUGGUUCAAAUUAAUGGCUUCUUCGAGGAUACUGCUCUGGGCCUCAGUGACGAAACGCCCCUCAAGCUGUGGUCAACCACGGUGUCUUUGGAAGACUACCUCUCUAAGGGUCCGUCGACUUGUCUUCGAGGGAGACUAGGCAGAGUUCAACCCAGUGGCUUGGAUGAUUCGUCAAUCAGCAGUUUUGAUAGUCCUCGCUCAUCCUACGUUGCUCCUGUCUCCGAUGUACAUGGCCAUCAUCGCGACCACCAUGAUGAGACACCCAGGCCCCUACGAGCCCCUCUACCCUACAGGCAAAGCUUCGAUGAUCCAUCUGGUCCUUCUCCGAAGAUCCACAUCACCGAAGCAGAAAGGGAGGGCUACUUGAAUGACUCACCGAGUGAAAGUCCACCUCCGCCACAGGAGCAGAAACGAAAGAGCUCACUCACGAAGGCGCUAGGAUUAAUUCCAUUAAAGCGAACCCACCGUCGGAGUGCUUCUGAUAGCAGCUCCCAGGGUAGUAUUGAACGGCCACCUUCGAGCUCUUCUACAUCGCAACCAGUGCAGUCUCCGUUCCUGGCAAUACCCAAGUCUACUCGUGAUCGUAUCAACCAGAAUGCCGAUAGACCGGAUAUCCCUCGAGCAGUUCCACGUUUCGAUCGACCUGAGGCUGAUACUGAGAAACUGAUGUGGAUCCAUGUGCCGUAUACGCAUACUGGUUGGGUAUCCCAAGUCAUCCGCCGAGCAUGUCUGGAUAGACAUGAGCCUAAUUUAGCUCGUCAUCUCGAGCCUCAUGCUCGUUUCGUCAAACCCGCAUGUCUUCACUCAAGACAAAUGGAUAUUUUACAAAGUCCUUCUGAUGCUUUGGAGGAUCCUCAACUGGCUUUAUAUGCUCCCUACCUCCACUGGGAUACAUACCGAAACUUGAUUCAACGGCGAAAAGUAGUCGAAGACCGACUCAACCAAGGCCGAUCCAGGCCCGUCCCAGGCCGAAUCUCAAAAGCAAGCCUGGAAGCCCAACUUAUCUGGACCUACCUCGGCUGCGAGCCUCCAGUGCACUUCCGCCGCACACUGGAUCAAUACGGGUAUCCCAAUUUGCGCUCGACUAUGGCUCGUGACGACGACCAGAUGCUCUGGAAACGCACUCGCAGACCGGCGCGCAUUGACGAGCAGCUUAAACAGUAUCUCCAGUCCGCACAGGAUGAUCCCGAUACCGAAGAGAAUGUUGGCGAGUUUAUGGAUGGCAAUGUCCUGAUGGUUGAUCAGCUCUGGCUUUGGAUUGUCGAUGAGAAGACUGUUGUUACUUUCUUUCCGAAACAGGAGGCUACUACCUCUGAGGGAAAGCUUUUUGAACAAUCUAACCUACAUAGCAGCAUUUAUAACGAGUUAAAUGGGGACCUCUCGCGUCGCUUUGAGACGGCCGGUGACUUGGCUGCUCUCAUUAUGCUGCAUGCUGUCACUGUGCUUUUAGACAAGACUCUCCAUCAUGAUCUGCAGGUGUUGCGGAUCUUUGAGGAGUCAAUUAGCAUCUUGACCGAAUCUGUCACCAAGUCUUUCAAGCGGUUCCGAAAUAGAGGCUUCACCAACCGCCCAGCGGAUCAUGACCGCACCGCGGACGGGAAGAUUAUGACAGCCGCCCAGCAAGAUUACAAAGAAUUGCAGGUUGCUCGUCGAAACCGUGAAGAUCUCUCCGUUCUCCUGGAGCUGCGCGACAUCGAGGACGAGCUAUCCACCAUCCUAAAGCUACUCGAUCAACAAGACACCGUUAUCAAAAGUAUGGUCAAAUACUUUGACCGCAAGGGGUGCGGUAAGUCAUUCCUUGAUACAGCACAGGAGCGGAUUGACGAAUAUCGUUCGCAAAUCAACGACAUGAAAGAAAACAGCCAUACAACACAGAAAGCAGUCGAAACCCUCCUUGAUCUCAAGCAGAAACAGGCUAAUGUCGACGAAGCCAAAAUGACACGAUGGCAAGCUGAAGUCGCCCAAACGCAAUCGCGAGCAGUAAUGGUCUUCACCAUAUUCAGUGUUGUUUUCCUCCCUCUAUCCUUCUUCACCUCUCUCUUUGGAAUCAACGCGCGAGAAUGGAGCGGCGAACAGACAAACCCAACUCUAGGAGAAAUGUUCGUAAUAGCAGCGCCGACAUCCUUCGCAAUCAUAUUCCUCUCCCUCUUCGCGGCAUUCAGCAGUACGCUGCGCGAUAUAGCAUCCAAAACGCACAAGAUCGGCGCAGGCCUCCUGAAAGAAUUCAUCUUGCAUCCGAUUAAAUUAUUAUUGUGGGAUUCCGCAGCGAGUAAAAUGCCUGCUCAUGUUGUCCCUGAAGACUCUGGGCUUAGGAAACGCUUCGAUGAGUACCUUGGUUAUGGGAGGAGGAAUAUGCAGCGUGACGAGGAUAUCUGGCAACGGUGGCAGGGGGGCCGGAUUUCUGGCGGGAAGGAGGUUAAGAAGGGGAAGUAUGAGGUGAAUUCUGGACUAAGUCGGAGAAGUCGUCGGGAGGUCUAG